AUGCCGGCCAUAUCAGCCAUGCCUUCAAGUGCCGUCUUCAAGUUCUUCGGCCUCGCUCUGGCUUUUGUGUUUUGCGUCCCAUUUCCGGUUAGGCAUUCAUUCGGGGAGGAUGAUGACCUGGAGACAGAUUCUGAUGACCUGGAGACAGAUUCUGAUGACCUGGAGCCAGAUUUCCCAGAAAUAAACACAGCUGCCGGGCUGAAUCUCUUUGAAGGAGACAUUGUACUGCCUAGAGGACGUAGUGCAUUAAAAGAUGAGAAAUAUCGAUGGAAACUUCCCAUUCCCUUCAUCCUGCACAACAACCUCGAUCUAAAUGCCAAAGGGGUGAUACUUAAAGUGUUCGAAGGAUUCAGCUUGAAGACGUGUAUACAAUUUAAACCUUAUGAAGGAGAGAGGUCAUAUUUAAUAUUUCAAAAAUUAAAGGGGUGCUCGUCCACAGUGGGAAAUGUACAUCAAGUCCAGAAUGUCUCUAUUGGUGCAAAAUGUGAUCGCAAAGGCAUUGUGACACAUGAAACCUUACAUGCUCUAGGGCUGUAUCACGAACAGGCAAGGAUAGACCGAGAUGAUUAUAUCAAAAUCUGGUGGGAUCACAUUCUUCCAGGAAAAACAAUCAACUACCAGAAAUACACAGUCCGUGCACGCAGCCAUGGCACUGACUUGAAUACUCCAUAUGAUUAUGAGUCCAUUAUGCAUUAUGGUCGAAUCUCAUUUUCUAAAAAUAAGAGUUUACCAACCAUCACAGCCAACGUACACAAAUUUGAUGGCAUUAUGGGUCAACGUCUGGAUUUCAGCAGCUCUGACAUCAAGCGGAUCAAUCAGAUGUAUAAUUGCACAAGGUCGCUUACGCUUCUGGACCAAUGCAAUUUUGAGUCUGCUGAUAUUUGUGGCCUGGUGCAGGAAAGGAGAGAUGGCGACUGGGAGUUCUACAAAGGAAGAGUGCAACUCCCAUAUUGAGGAUCAUGACCAAUUUCCCUCAGUGGAAAGUGUGGUGGCUACUUCAUGUUCUUCAACACUAGGUUUGGGAAGGCCGGAAAAACUGCCAUCUUGAAAUCUCGCAUUCUGCGCCCCAGGCGGAUGCAGCAAUGUCUCCAGUUCUUCUUUAAAAUGACAGGAAGCCCCAAGGAUAAGCUGGUCAUCUGGGCACAGAAGGAUGAUGGUUCUGGAACUGUUCGCAGUCUGGUUAAACUUCAAACUCUUCAAGGAGGAAGGAAGAAGAACUGGAAAAUUGCUCAUGUGCCACUAAAAGGUCAAAAAAAGUUCAGGUAUCUCUUCCAAGGUAAAAGUGGUGGCUCCAAAACCUCAUCUGGAGGAAUUCUCAUCGAUGAUAUCACCCUCACUGAAACUCUGUGCCCAAAUGCUGUGUGGCAUGUAGAUAACAUCUCUCAACUUCUUGACACCGCUGCUCUGAACUACACCCUGAAGAGCCCCCGUUUUUAUAGCCCUGAAGGUUAUGCUUACCGUCUGACUUUGAGUCCCAGAGUCUUGGUUGGCAAAAAGUCUAAAAAGUACAUUGAAAUUUCUUUUCACUUGACCAGUGGAGAGCAUGACGGCGCCCUUGAAUGGCCAGCAAUAAACAGACAGGCUACCAUCACUGUGCUGGACCAAGACACUGAUGUCAUGAAGCGGAUGUCCAUAGAAAAGAGUUUCCCCAACACUGACUUGGAAAACUUACAUGUGCUAAUGAGCUACAUGUACGUUUCACUCAUUGGGCCAUUGUCCCCAACAGCGCAGGGCAAGAAAUGGGUGGACUCCCUUCUCAGAAAAAAUAUUUCCAAGUGGGAAAACCCCUCGACUGUUGGAAAAUUUGAUCCUGAAUGUAAAUGUAAGAGGGGUAAAAGUUGGGCAUUGAAAAAAUUUGCUACGCAUGAAAAGUUGAGACGAAAGAAUUAUUUAAAAAAUGACGUCCUUAUUAUCCUCGUAGACUUUGAAGAUAUAACCUAUCUCAAGGACAGUGAAGCUCACAUUCUGGAAGCCUGGAACAUGAAUCAUGAUCUUCCCCUGGCCCAGAGGAAAAGACUGGCGCACCGGGUGACCCAAACCGUGUGACCCAAAAUGAUGGCAUCUCUUUCAAUGUCCAAGGGAAUGCAAGGUGCAGGGCAUGGAUUCCAAACAUUUUACCAUUUUGGUCGCUCUCCUCUGGACUCUGGAUCUUGUCAAUAUAUAGUUUGGUAUAUGCUGGAUUGUUAUUCAGCACUAAACUGUGUGUGGAUGCACUGAUUUGUUCUCGCUUGAGAUUGAAGUUUUUAUUCAA